CAUACAUACAUAUACAUACAUAUAUGUCUUCACCUGCACUCUGAGUCCAUCAUUUCAAACAAUCAGAGCCCUUUUGAGAGAGGGAAGUUACCUGGAAUUUGAAAUCAAGUCUAGUCUGCCUUAUUCCACUACUAACAGUUCCUGUCUUUCCAUCUGAGGGGACAGGAAUAUGUAAGAAAUAGUUUGGUGAAAGGAGCGCUUGAAUCGGUAGUCAAAUGAUCUGGGUCUGAAUUUUAGUAAUCUAUUUACUGGUUGUAUGACUCUGAGUUUCAGUUUCUUCUCUAAAAUGGCCUAGCUGAUCUCCAGGGGCCUGCCAGUUCUAAACGCUGGCUGACAGAGUUGGGGAAGCAAAGGGACGAGCCGGUCCCCAGCCCUCAAGAGUCGCCAGGCUAGUGGGAAGCGUUGACGCGGCCCGUGGGCAAGCGCAGCUACCCGGGACAGUUGCCCUGACCGCCGCGCUGCGCUUCCUUCUGUGCCCUUGCGGAACGUACUGCAUUGGCUCGAGCUUCUGGUCUCCGACUCCCUGCCCCGGAAAAACGGCGAAGGGGAGGCCAGGCUCCCGCGCAGAAGGAAAAGUCCCCGGGAAUGCUCGGGGAGAGCCCCAGCAGGAAAUUCCCGCUGGCGUCUGCUCUCCAGCCCGGCCCCGCCCAGCGCUGCCGGCCCUCCCCAGCCUCCUCCCCUUUGGGCUUGCCUAGUCAGACCCAACUUCCUAGAAGCGGCUUAAAAGCAUCUUGAGGUCCAGGGUCCCCGCCCCUCCUCGAAGCCCCCACGAGCUCCUUCGGCCGCAGCUCCUGGCCAGCGGGGCUCCUAGCUGCCCCUAAACCCACCUCCCCAGUUUCUCCAUUCGGCCCCGAGCCCCGCGAAGGCCUUUAGCUCCGAGAGCUCUCUCUGGGGCUGCUGGACCCAGAAUCGCCGGCGGACACUGACCCGGCUCCCUGCAAGGACGUUGAGCCCGGCUCCUUGCAAGGACUUUCAUCCCAGAGCCUUCCCGGCCGCCCGCGAUUCCUAAGCCUGGAGCCUCUCCGCAGAAGGCGGAGACUGAGCCAGACUCCCGGCAAGGACACUCAUCCCGGAGCCUUCUGGGGAGUCCGAGCCGGGCUUCCUGCAAAGACUCUCAUUCCGGAGCCUCCGUUGGGCCUCCUGACGGGAUUUUGGGUCGCGAGCUUCUUCCUGGUCUCCCGCCGAGCCCGAGCCCGGCCCCCUGCAGGGACUGUCAGUCCGGAGCCGCCUCUUGGCCUCCAGUGGAGUCCUGGCCCGGAGCCUCGCCUAGCCUCCGAGCACAAGCCGGCUCCCUGCCGCCAUGUCGUCGCUCCGCACGAAAGAUGACGGGGCCAGGACGGGGGCGGCCGCUGAGGGCUCCCGGCCCGGGCCCGGCGGCGGGGAGGCGCUCCCGGGCAGGCAGCCGGAGGAGACGGCGGAGCGGCUGCAGCGCGAGAACCGGAGACUCCGGGAGCAGGCCGCCGCGAUCUGCGGCCUCUACCACGAGGCCGGGCAGCAGCUGAGCUUCCUAAGGGGCCAGCUGGCCUCCCGAGACGCCCUGGUGGCGCGCUUGCGGACCAGUCUGGCCGCUUACGAGAGCUCCGGGUCGCCUGCGGGGCCCGGGCCCGCGCCCUCCCUCGUGGACGGGCUGGUGGAGCAGGUGGGCCGUCUCAAGGAGCAGCUCCGCGAGCAGGAGAACAGCGCUCGCGCCCGGGAGGACGGCUUUGCCCAGGAAGUGCAGAAGCUGAACCAGCAGCUGGAAGAGAAAGAGAGAGAGCUGCAGCGGCUGCUGAGCGAGCCCCAGCACGAGCGGGAGCGGGAGAUCCUGCUCCUGCAGAGGAGUUUGGUGGAGAAGGAGAAGGAGAAGGCCACCAGCGAGGUGCUCUGCCGCUCCCUCACUGAUGAGACCUAUCAGCUCCGCAGGACUCUGGCUGCCACGGCCGAGAUGUGUCAGCACCUCGUCAAAUGUCUGGAUGAGAAGCAGAAAUCCGCGGGACAGAGGGAGGAGAAACCCUCCUUGGAAAGAUCUAACAAGCUACAAUUUCCUGAAGGUGACGUCUCAGUUCAUGCCAUCAUUUGCAAAUUACAGGAAGAAAAUAGGCUCCUGAAAAAAAAGGUGGUUCAUGUAGAAGAUCUGAAUGCUAAAUGGCAGAAGUAUGAUGCUAGCAGAGAUGAGUAUGUGAAGGGCCUCCAUCUGCAGCUGAAGGAACUGAAAGUCCUCCCUGAGCAAGGUUUGCCCAUGAGCCCAGAGCUUAUGCAGAAGGAGAUUUUCCGGCUAAACAAAUUGUUGGAAGCAAAAAUGGCGGACUGCUUGAAAGUAAAACUGGAGUUGGAAGACAUUAAGAAGGCAAAAGAUGGAGACAGUGAGCGGAUACAGAUGUUGGAGCAGCAGGUGCUCGUUUACAAGGAUGAUUUUACAUCAGAAAGAGCUGAUCGGGAGCGGGCACAAAGCAAGAUACAAGAACUUAAGGAAAAAGUUGCAACCCUGCAGCACCAGAUAUCCAGGAGACAGGAGUCGAGAGACGCGACGGGCCAAUGUAGGAUUCACUCGGGUCACAAGACACACACUCAGCGCCUAGAGACAGACGUCGCAGAGGCCUUCCUCAGGGCCGAGCCACCGAGCACGAGGAGACCUGCCCCGCAGCCCGAACAGCCUGAAGUCCAAGCGGACAGGGGACUCUCCGGCCCGGACCUGAGAGGUCAAGGUCAAGGGGACCUUCACUGUCCUCACUGCAUGAGGUUCUUUCACGAUGAGGAGGGCGAGGAAUUUCUCAGACACGUGUCUGAAUGCUGUCAGUGACCGACUCCCCUGAAGAAGCGGGUCAGAGGCCUGGCCGGCACGAGUCAGCCGCAGAAACUCCCCAGUCAUUCGGCCGGGCACUCCGGUCCCCUGAAGGUGGACGGGGCAGACGUGGGAGAGCUGCUCUGCCAAUGGGCCUGCCGGGGAUCCAGGAAUAGAUCUCAUCUGAGCCCUGAGACAUUCCUUAAAGACCACUGCCUGCCUAGCACUCUGGAGUGGAGAAGGGGCCGCAGCUCCCGGAUGUCUCCGGAAAGGCGGGAUGGCAGCAUACCAGGUGACCAUGUGCCUGGUAACCAACUGGGUGGAGUUCCAUCCCUUCAGGGGUGAGUUGGGAAGUGUGAACACAAAAUUAUCUUAUCUUUCUGUUGAAGAAAGCGCCAAUUUCUAAUAGUUAGAAUUCUGACUGAGUCAUUUACACCUGGCUUCAGUUCGGUUCAAGAUGGUCCGAACUGUUAUUCAAUUUGGGCAGUUGAGGGGAUGGGACGGUUUGAGUCAAACUUGCCCAUCUUUGGGAGGGACAGGCAUUAGUGCUCUUCCCAAUGGCCUCAGAGCAGAGCACGUGGGGCCUGGUCUGUCAGACAGAGGACAAAACCCGUAUGGAUGCCUUCACAUGCUGCAAGAAGUCCGGAAGACAUUCGGGUUACAGCGAGGAGCCAGAUUUGGCUCAAGGUGUGGGGUCUGAGCAUCACUGCCCUAGCUUAUGUGAAGGGUGGGGAAUAGGCCUCUGGAAGCAGCACAGUCCCUUUCUGUUUUUGCACUGAUGUACCUUGUAUUGGCAAGUUGCAAUCACUUUCUUAGGUAUUCAGAAGUUUAUAUAAAGAAUUAAAAACACAUUUUAUAUUCACUUAUUUUUAUAAUAAAAUUUAUUGAUGUGA